CUCAACACUGUGUCAUUGUUUUUAUACGAAAAAACACAAUCAUCCGCCGUCCGAGCAAUUGUUUUCCUGCCUGCCCAGCAACUGUAUCGGAAAUCACCAGAGCCCGGGCUUCCAGCAUCCCCGGAGAGUGCAAUGAACCUCACAGAGCAAAACCCAUAUGGAAACGGACUGCUCUACGCAGCCUUUAAUCAAGACCAGGGAUGCUUUGCGUGCGCGACGGACACGGGAUUCCGGGUCUACAACUGUGAUCCGCUGAAGGAGAAGGAGCGCCAAUACUUUCCAGAGGGUGGUCUCAGCCAUGUGGAGAUGCUGUUUCGUUGCAAUUACUUAGCCCUGGUUGGAGGCGGCAUCCGGCCGCUGUACCCGCCCAAUAAGGUGAUCGUGUGGGAUGACCUGAAGAAGUCCCCGGCCAUAUCGCUGGACUUCAAUCAGCCCGUGCGGGCGGUACGACUGCGUCGGGAUCGCAUAGUGGUCGUGUUGGAGGGCGUCAUUAAGGUGUUCACCUUCACUCAGCAACCACAGCAGCUGCACGUGUUUGAGACCAGCUCAAACCCCAACGGGCUGUGUGUGCUGUGCCCGCACAGCAAUAAGAGCCUUCUCGCAUUCCCCGGCCGUCGAACUGGCCACGUUCAAAUUGUUGAUCUGGCCAACACAGAGCGGGCGCCGCUUGAGGUCAUCGCCCACGAGGCUGGUAUCAGCUGCAUUGCCCUUAAUCUGCAAGGAACGCGACUGGCCACCGCCGGGGAAAAAGGCACCCUCAUCCGUAUCUUCGAUACGGAAAGUGGCAAGAAGGUAUCGGAGCUGAGGCGCGGAAGCAACCACGCCAACAUCUUCUGCAUCAACUUUAACCACCAGUCCACGAUGGUGGUCGUCGCCUCCGACCAUGGCACUAUACACGUCUUCAACCUGGAGGACAACAAGCCCCGUGAAUCCUCGCUGCCCAUAAUACCCAAGUAUUUCUCGAGCCAGUGGAGUUUUGUCAAGUUUUCGAUACCCCAGGGACCUCGAUGUGUAUGUGCCUUUGGCGCCGAUCCUAAUUCGGUUGUGGCCAUUUGUGCAGACGGCCACUAUUAUAAAUUCCUAUUUAACAACAAGGGCGAGUGCAGUCGAGACAUCUGCACACAAUUCCUUGAGCUGCAAGACGAUGAGACCUAGAAACAAGUCCGACUGUUGCGAACGCCUUUGAUGCAUCUAUACAAUUAUAUAUCUCCAUGGAAAUGUGUUAUACAAUAUUACUUAUAAGCAUGCUUUAAAAUACGUUAAAAGUCGAGUUCACAUAAAUGUAGUUAUACCUUGAGACAAGAUUGUGGAUAUUUUAUAUUUUAUUUGAAACAUAAACCGAUAAUCCAACAUGCUCAUUUAAUUUUACUUUUGCCUUCAUUUGAUGCAUUGUUACGCCAUCUGUAAUUUGAAAAGCUGAACAAGGUUUUUGUUUUAUUACCUUAUUCCACAUUGAGAAAAUAAGGUUUACUUGUUAAUUUUUAAUGAACUUGAACUAUCGGUUUUGUUGGCACUACAUUUUUCAUAAGUUUAAGCGACAUUACUCAUUUUCAUUACCAUUUCCGUCAGUAAUGAUACAUAGUUCUUUCUGAUAAGUAAGCCUUUAGAAGAAAUGCUAUCUUUGUUGUCCACGAACUUUUAAAGGUUUUUAGAUAGAGGUUGGUAGUGAAUCAUUACAAAGAUACAGCUUGAACCUAAAAAUAAAAUAGGCGAAACCCA